CGGGACUUUCGUUGGCGCACACAGUCUUCUCUUCCAACAUCAGCGAUGCCUGCGGUGGCAAGCUCGUGAUUGCUGGGAAGCGAGAGGAGGAGAGGGAUGAGGUUACUGGAGUUCCCUUGCGGCUGGCGAUCCGGUUGGCUGGAGAAGGCGACGCCGAAGUCGAAGCCGACGGUGGAAAUGGAGGAGACGCGGCCGGCAGAGGCGGCGGUGUGCGCGUCUCCGGAGAAGCGGCGUCGGAGGGCGUCGCGCAGGGAGGAUUCUCAGUGGCAGCCCUCGUUGGUGGCGAUCUCGGAGGACGGGAUACUUGUGCCAGCGCCGCCGCCGGCGCUGGCUGCGGCUGUGGUGUCGAAGGGCAGAGGGUCGGGGAAGCCGAAGGCGAAGCCAAAGCCAAAGCCGAAGCCGAAGCCGGCCACAAGGGUAGCGUCUCGCGUCGCCAAGGACGACUACCGGCACUAUGGAGUUGUGCCCACAUUUGCUCCAGCAGCCUUCUUCUUCUGAAGCUUGGUUCUAAUCAGCACACUUGAAGAUUAUCUUCAGAAUCAAAAUGUUGACCAUGAAGUUGCUACUGCUGAUUGAUUGAAUGAUUGAUGAUGUUGAUAAUUUGCUAGAUAUUUUUUGUUGUUCUCUCUUGUUAUCUUGAAUCAAAAUAGGCAUCAAGACACUUUUUCCUGUCAUUUAAUUGAAUGGAGUAGUCUUAUCCUA